AGAAGGGCGAGCGUCGGGCCGGCAGCGUCGGGCGAGCCGCGCCAUGAGGACCCGCCGGGGCACCGUGCUGCGGCCGCCGCCGCGGGCGGACGACGGCGAGGAUGAUGCGGGCUCGGACGAGGCGGAGGCGCCGGCGGCGGGGACGCGGCCUGAGAGCUUCGCGGACGAGGUGGAGGACUUCCACGAGGCUCAAUUCCAGGCCGUGAUGGCGGCCCUGGAGAGCGGGGACGAGGCGGGCGGCAGCGAGGAGGAGGAGGAGGAGGAAGUGCUGGGGCUGCAGCUGCCCGAGGAGGACAGCGAGGAAGAGGAGGAGGAGGGGGAAGGCGGUGAGGAGGAAGUGCUGGGGCUGCAGCUUUCCGAGGACCACAGCGCGGAAGAGGAUGGAGGAGGUGAGGAGGAGGAUGAAGGUGGGGAACUGUCUAUGGACAGCGACUUGGAGGAGCACAGCCAGGACACUGAUCUGCCCCAUGAGCUCUCCUGGGGCCAGCGCAAGCAGCUCUACUACGACACGGACUACGGCAGCGAUGCCUGGGCCAAGGCCAAGCGCAACCAGCAAGAAGUUGAUGCCGAGGAGGAGGAAGAGGAGGAGGAGGCCCAAAUCAUCCAGAGGCGGUUGGUGCAGGACUUGGGGGAGGAUGACUAUGGGCUGGAUGUGAUCCAGGGCUACCUGGCAGAGCAACGGAAAGCCCAGCAGGCUGACAAGGGGCAGAAGAUUGCCAAGGAUUUUCAGGCCCUUUCCAAAAAAGAGCAGCUGAAGCUGCUGAAGCAGGAGUCUCCAGAGCUCCUGCAGCUAAUCGAGGACUUUGAGGUCAAGUUGAUGGAGCUCAAGGAUGAACUGCACCCACUGCUACAAAUGAUCAAAAAUGGCACCAUCCCACAAGGUAAAGGCAGUCGCUAUUUGCAGACCAAGUUUCAUCUCUACUUGAAUUAUUGUGCCAAUAUCAGCUUCUAUUUGGUCUUAAAGUCAAAGAGGAUGCCAGUUCAUAGUCACCCUGUCAUCGAAAGACUGGUUGCUUAUAGAAAUAUAAUCAAUGAUCUAGCGGUUGUAGAUCAAAAGUUAUCAUCCGAGGUUCGUCUGCUUCUGAAAAAGUAUUACGACAAGAAGGAGACUAGACCACGAGAACCGAAGAAGUUUGCAGUGCUUCUUCCGCAGGCUGCUAACAAAAACAAACCAAAACUUGCCCCUGCGUUUACUAACGGCCGGCUUAAUUCCGAUGAGGUGGCAGAUGAGUCAGACUUGGAUGAAGAAGCUGCCCUGCAGUAUUAUAAGAUGAUGGAGGAAAAGCUGAAACUCAAGAGGAAGAGAACUGAAGACCAGGACAUGCUAGAAGAAGAACUGGUACAGGAAGAAGAGGAUCCAAACAAAAAGAGAGGGGUAACCUAUCAGAUGAUCAAGAACAAAGGCCUCACGCCCAGAAGGAAGAAGAUCGAUCGUAACCCCCGGGUCAAGCAUCGGGAGAAGUUCCGGCGAGCCAAGAUCCGCCGGAAGGGCCAGGUCCGCGAAGUGCGGAGGGAGCUGCACAGAUACGCUGGCGAACUGUCUGGUAUUCGUGCGGGAGUUAAGAAAAGCAGAAAGCUUCAAUGACACUAUUUCCUGUUUCUGAGAGUGCAGAGUAACAGUUCUGAAUGCAAUAAAAGGUUUAUAAAGAA